UUGGACAGAGGAGGGUUGCGACAUAGGAAAGAAGAUGCCUCGGACAGGUUACAGUUGCAAAACUAUAGGUUUUGUGAUGCUCAUAUCAACUAAGUUGAUUUGUGUUUUGAGCCAAGAACACCGGGUGAUGACACAGUCGUGUGAUGGCGACUGGGUCCGGUAUGGAGAGAGCUGUUACCGAUAUUAUACGUCACAGAAGACAUGGAUGUACGCCUUCAAGACGUGCCAGUCAGACAAUGGAUUCCUAACAGACAUUGAAAACGCAGACGAGCAAGCCUUUCUGCAAAAUUUAACAAAUGGAGACAUGUUUUGGAUAGGCGCGUCGGACUGUGCGGGGAGAUGGCUGUGGUACGGCAGCACCCAACCCUGGGGGUUUACCAAGUGGGAUACACAUCAGCCCGAUAACUUCAAGAAAAAUGAACACUGCGGACUAAUCAGGCCAAACGGCAUGUGGAACGACCGGGAAUGUAGCUAUACUCGGCCAUUUGUCUGUAAAAGAAAAGUUACUUUAUUUUUUUGCGACAAAACAUGGAGUACCAGAGAAGGAAGAUGCUACAAAAGAUUUCCCGGAACGUUAACGUGGACCAAAGCGCUCGAGCUCUGUCAGUCAAACUCUGCAACGCUCGUCAACAUUGAGAACUCUGCUGAGCAGACAUACGUAAAUGGUUUAUAUAACUCUGAUCAUCUGUGGGUUGGUGGAUUUGAUGGGGCCAAAAACAAAGUAUGGGCAUGGGCAGGAACAACGUUACCUUGGAAUUAUCAGUACUGGGAUCGAGGUGAACCGGACAAUGGGGCAGAGGACUGUCUAUUGCUUGCUCGAGGCGGAGGAUUAUGGCAUGACGUAUCUUGUAAUAGAUAUCACACAGUAAUGUGUGAACGCAAUACAUUUCAUUUGACCAACGACCCUGUUUUGACAAUGGCAGUGGAGGCCCCCAGAAAUGAAACGAGAUUUAUCUGUACCUUUCGUUCCAAUAUCUCGGAUGUCGAUUUCUUAUUGGAGUGGUAUCUUAAUGAUGGAGUUAUUCAAGAUCACACAUUCACUGACGAAACAGAAAGUUCACUGCACGAAAGAGAUUUACCAUUGUUAAAGCAAGAAGAUCAGAUAAAAUGUGCCGUAACCCCAUGCAUGCCGGGAAACUGCAGUAUGAGAGGUUCUCCUCGGGAAAGCAACGUUAUCACAGCAAAGGUCCAGGUGGCUAGCGAGGUCCGGAUCACAGUGGCUGAGAGCUCAGGCCCCGCCUACUUCAAUGUCACCAGCACAGUCCCCAUACAUCUGUUCUGUGAACGAAGUCACCGAAAUAAUAUCGAACUAUGUAACGCACAUGUCUCCAUCGAACUAGUGAGAGAACGAGAAAUAACCUGCGGUCAAUUUCAUGUCCCCGUCAGUCAAGCAGUGUUUGGUAUGUUCAGUCCGCACUCCAAACCUUGCACGUACCAAAUGACGAUGAACACGUGGUCAUCUGGAGUGUUGAUUCCGGUAAAGGCAGCACUCGAUGGCAUAAAGGACAGAAACCAAUACAGAAAUAUACGAGUUCUUUUUACCGCUUCAAAUGUCACAAAAUUAAUCUCAACCGUGAAGCUGACUGUAGUGGAUGACGAUAGGGUAGCAACAUGUUCAUCGAUAAACGACCCUCACAUGACAACAUUUGAUAAAAGAUACUAUGACAACUACUUGGAGGGCGAAUUUAUUUUGUACAAACACAAAACUCUGCCCUAUGAGGUGCGAACCUAUUACCGUAGAUGUAACUUAAGGGCCGCAUGCAAUUGUGCAGUUGCGGUAAAGUCCGGUAAUGACGUCAUCCUAGUAGAUGUUUGCGGACCGUCAAGAGGGGCAUCGACGAAAAGAACUAUUUUUACCAUAAAGAUGUAUUUGAAUGGAGAACUCACCCCGGGAACUGAGGUUAUUUCACAUGACGGAGGAAAAACACUCGAGGUUGUACUACCAAACGGAGCAAGGACCGUUAUAAUGACUGGAACGAUGACCAGAAAACAACGUUUCCUGAAUGUUAAAGUAGUGGCCUCCACGUUUGAUUUCAAUCAAACAGAAGGACUUUGUGGGACAUUUGAUGGAAACAGAAAUAACGAUUUGAUGAAAAGGGAUGGCGAUCUUUACACAAGAGGAGGCAAACAGCCGAACGAGUUCUCCUUGUCUUGGAGGGUUUCUGAGGAGGAGUCGUUAUUUAGAGGUGAUUGCAGGACAUCAACUUCCAGCAUCGCUGAAAAGGGCAUUUAUUGCGAUUGUAUGGAGAGACAAACUGCUGUUUGUCAGCAAGGAUUAGAUGUGAUGACAUGUGCUGAGAUUCAGAAGAGGAGAGGACUUUUAAAUGCACAAAAAGGAGUCAAACUUAUUACGCAAGACUUGAUACAAGAUGCCGAGUCCCCACCACUUCGAUGUGUGUCAACUCGGAAGACAGACUCAUUUGAGUUUGACCCAGAGCAUAUCCCACCGGACCCAAUAUGGCCUACCCCAAAAAAUAUCACAGAGAACAUGGCAAAGAAAACUUGUGAAGAUUUUUUGGGAAGUGACAAAGCAGGAGCAUUAUGUACGAAACUGCCAGGAUUAGAUCUAAAUCCUAUACUGCAAGGCUGUAUUACUGACAUACAGCUUACGGACAGUACUGAUUGGGCGAAGGAAAGCCUUGUCAAUUUGCUACGAGAAUGUAUUACCAUAGUUGAGACGGACACGGACCAGUGGAGCAAUGAGACAGGGGAGGCUGGUCCACCACCGGGUAUUACCAACCUCAUCUGUCCAAACAACUGCCAGGGCAACGGAAACUGUACUGAAGGACUUUGUCAGUGCUUUCAUCCCUGGAUUGGAGACGAUUGCUCCGUCAACAGUACUGUGCCACCAGAGCUUGAUCAAGUUGGCGAUGGAGAGCCGUGUGACGCUGUUUGUUCAGAGUGUCUCUCUGUCAGAUUAUACGGCGAGAACUUUGUUGAUGUUGAAAAUCUUACAUGCCACUAUAAAGUACUGAAUCUGAGACUGGAUCCUAUUUCAGAUGUUAAAAUAAUAAAGGCGGCGUAUCUUAACAGUGAAAUAGUCAAGUGCACUCUUCCAGAUGUAGCAUUGUAUGAAAUUGCAGUCAGCAACGACGGAGAAAUAACCAGUAAAUACAAACAAUACAUUGUUUUCAACAGUUACUGUCACCAAUGCAACAGUUCUUGGUGUACAACAAGGAAUAAUAUCUGCAAAAUUAAUGGUGAGUGUCUGGACCAUGGAUUUGUGAAUCCCAGGAACCAAUUGGAAGUUUGCAACGUUACACUCUCUAAAAUUCAGUGGUCUACUUUAAAUGUUAAAGACAUUCCAAAGAAGAGUUACGAUUUUCAAGAUAUUUCUGGUUCCUUUGUUUUGACGAAGGAUUCCAAAGUUUUAGUUGGGGGGACUGGUUAUCCAACAAUAACAACUGGUUCUUCAGGAGGAAAAGCUCUCGUGCUGGAUGGAAACCAGUACCUGUCAAUGGGUGAUUUAGUAAAAACAAGUACUUGUUUCGGUGAUGCAGAAAAGAAUCCACUAGGUAUAACUAUAAACCUUGAUGUCAGACUAACAAGAAGCGCAAGCACCUGUUUUGUUUUCAGUACUGGCGGAGAGGAAGUUUCUCAUUACGGAUACGCUAUUUGGCUCGAGAAUGACAGUCUCUAUGCCAGAGCUAGCAACAGUAGGCACGAAUGGUCUGUUUCCAUAUCCAGCGUUCAGAUGGAUGAAUUUAUUCGUAUACAGAUGAUGUGGAGUCUGCAAAGUGGAUUACUUUUAAGCAUCGAUAACAGCACACAAGUAUCAAGCAAGAAAUGCAUUUCAAGACCAGAGUCACACUACACCACUCUUAAAGAAUUUGUACUUGGAGGAUCUUCAAAAAAAGACAAAAACUGCAAACUUGCUAUAGAACGUCUUACCACUGUGUGUGCUUCUUGUGAAAUUGUUAACAGAAGAGAUCUAUGUUUUAUAGAGCGAAUCCCUCCGGUACCAAGUAACUCGUGCAUAAGAUCUUCGGCAUCGACUGCAGUAGAAGCUGCAAUCAUCUCUACAUCUGUUCUUUCCGGAAUUUCAUUUUCCAUCAUCUGUUGCAUAUGUUUUAUUUUCGGAUGCAAACGACGGCGCAAGAAGAAGAAGCGGUACAAUCAUCUGAUAUCAGCUGAGCAGAGCAAAGGUGAUUGGAAAACGAAGUCUAAAAAAGCUGUACUAAACCCUGUAUUCUUAGACGAUUCCGGAACCUCCGCAUACAGACAUCACUGGACUGGAGAAAACCCUGCCUGGAGGAUGUACAGGUACGAAGGGCAUAACCAAGCCAUUCCGCAUGAAAGAGAAAUAACAAAUCGUGACGUCAAACAAACCCAUGACACAGACAUUCCCUUUUACCAGGAAACAACUACAGGUAAAGUUGUACAAGGGUUUUCUGAUGAAACAAGUGGAAGAUCGUUUGCUCGCACCACUCAUGAAAUCAGAACAGAUCACAUAGAAAAGACUAAUUAUAGAAGAAAAACUAGUUUUUCAGCGAAUGACGAACAUGGAAACCAAAUAAUUGAUGGACCUUUGGUCAAUGAAGCAGUACGUAUGUCAGCUCCAGAACAUGAAACAAGCUUUUCUUUGUACCAAAUAUCAGAAAAGGAAAACCAAAAAGAGUCGGCAGACUAUAAACUCCAAAGACAUGAAACGUUUACGGAUAGAAGUCAAGCAAUGAUCAACACGAGAUAUGCAGAAAAUCAAAGUCAUAAGAAAACGAUCAAAACAGUAAAUACUAGCUUAUCGAAAAAUGAUCAGUCAAAAGAAAGCCGAUACCUUUGUUCAUACUGUACGAGUCAUGGUGAAUUACAUGGAGAAAUGCUUAAAAGCCGUAAAACAGGUGAGAAAAAUUGUUUUAAAGACAGCAGCUGUCAAACAGAAGCUUAUAACUUACACUCAAGAGAAACGCAGAAUGAUAUUGCUGAUAACAAUAAAGACAAAUUAACGUACAUGAAACAAAGCCAUAUCUCUGGAUAUCAAAGAGAUGAUGAAACGAAUGUUUUGUCCUCUACCAAAUCAUGCUUAGCUGUUUCGACCAGCCAAGCAACAACAAGUGAGCACCAAGAUGUAGUAUACGAUGUCGAGGAUAACCCAAGGCAAGUGGUGUUGGGUAGCAUGGGUCAUGCCAUAGCUGAGGAAAGAGAAACAACACAAUCAAGACCGCUUAGUGCGGCAAGAGAAGAAAUUGCGGAGCUUUCCCCAAAAAUCAAUCCAACAGAGUCAAGCAUUGAAUUGCAUAGUCUAGACAACGCGGUGUAUUUAUCAGAGAAAAACAAAGAUAAAAAGAGAUUGAGCCUUGAAGAACAAGAAAAAAUGAUUUGGUUGCAAAGCGAAUAUGAAGAGAAUGAAAUGAGUUCAUUGACUACUAGAAUAGAGCAGCCACAUGCGAAUUAUUCUAAUGAGGCGACAGGAAUACAGAGAAAGGAAAGCAGUGAUGAAUCAUAUGAAAUAAUAACAGAGUGGAUUCCAGAAAACAAAAUGAAAAUUUAUACAACAUCGCACGGCCUGUCGGAAAAUUAUGGCGUUUUAAACCCUAAGGCAUCAGAAAAUGGAAGUGGCUACUCUCGACAAGGCCUUUUUGUUAGUAAGACCAGUGGAAAGGUUGUCGCAGAGAAAAUUGAUGAAAAAUCCGACAAUGCUGUUGGAAAAAUACUUAAGUCUGAGAAGGAGAUUGAUCUUGGAAGUAACAUUCAGGAUAAAGAAAUGAUUUCAACGGACUCUGCGAAAGGGUUUAUCAUCCAAUAUUCAAAUGAUAAUGAAACACAACCGAGUUUUAAAUCAUAUACAGCAGGCGAAACGAUGAGAGACGGGGGUGAAGUUCAUCAUGCAAGACUAUUAAGGCAUUCAAAGAGCGAAGAACAAAGCCGGGUAAAUGCUUAUCAAAUGAAUGAACAGAAGGUUAUCGCAGAAAAUAAAAAGUUGUGUCAACAUUGUGGUGAAGUCAUGAAUACUGCAAAUAAUAUACCACUAGUUUCAGGGUCAGCUCGAAAUCCUAUUCAAGCUAAGCCGGACACAUUAACCAUUGUAGAGUCUAGCAAGAGCACUGAAAUGGAAAUAAAACCAGAAUGUCAAAACAUCUAUGUUAUCAGGCGAUCAGCUGCUGAGAUAGUCGAAGAGAAACCAGAAAAACAUUUUCAUAGAACACUCUCUCGAAAAUCAGGGGAAACGAGCGACGGCUUUCUUGAAUAUGACUAUAGCAGAGUCAACCAUCGCUCUGAUGAACAAAAACAAAAAUUUGCUGCUGGUGUUCAGACACCUGAGAUGAGACCAGUGGUCAAAUCUUUCCAAAACGGGGAUAUCAAAUAUGAUGUUUCCCAAAUAGGAACUCGAAAAACAACAUUGCAAAGGUAUGAUGUGAAUACAGCUGAAAAAGUGGAUUCUUCGGUAGAUGAUGAAAGCCUCGUCCAUUACAAGCCGGAUGGAAUUAUGUACAGAUACAGACCAUGUGGAUCAAAAGAAUAUGUGUCGGAUAGCUAUAGUUUUGUUUCUGGAUCUAAAGUUAAGGAGCCACUCCAAGGAGAGUCGGUUGCCACAUCUCAGAACAGGACAACAGUGGUUUUAAAAGAAGAGAUUCCUGCUAAUGAAAGGACAAAAAAAGUUUACAGGUCUUACACAGAUACGUCAAAUGCAGCAGAAGUAGAAAAGGAUACCAUCACUACAUACAAGUCAUGGGAAGUUAACAAGAAAGCUGGUGAUUAACAUUACUAAACGCCGUUAAAAUCAUCAAGGUUUUGGUUAUUUUUUUUUAAGUUUACUAAGCUUUGCUUAUCCAAAAUUCUCGAGUUCAAACCAUGUAAUCAUUAAAGUUGGAACAUUGUAUAUAAUAUCAGUCUUAUGCGAUAUGCACUUUAUCCAAUUAUUCUAUCUAUAUAAUCGAAAAGGUAUUAUUAAAACUUUUAUAAGUAGGUUUAAUCAUUAUGUAUUCAUGUAUGUAUAUGUUUUAAGUUACAAGUUUAUAAUUUUGUGAUUGAACAUGUUUUUGGUUUGUGGACAAUCUCUGAUUUUCCUCUAAGUUUUACUAUGAAUAUGUUACGAACAAAGCAACGUGAGGUAUGUCCUGAACAAACUUUUUGGUGUUAAUUUCUAACCUCCUGCCUCCAUAAAGUAUCAAUUUAAGAUUUGUUUCAGCAUUGUGUAAUGUUAAGUAAAUAUCAUUGGAAACUCUCUGUUUUCUGAAAUGUCCUCAAUUAAAUAAAGAAGAAGGCGAGAAAAAUGCCUAUAUGAAGAGGGAUAAGAUACUGCAAAGUUAAAAUAUCAACAAGUCUGAUAAAUUAUCUUUAAAUAAAUAAAGAGAACAUCGGUUUGUUACCCUUCAUUUAUGUUAAAUAUUUAGAAUAGGUUGAUUUACAGUGGCGAAAACCCUCCAAAUCCUCAAAAUCAAACCUCCAAAUAGUGGCAUUUUAGAACCUCAGUGCCUUUCCUUAUAUAGAAUGGGUCUGAACUCCAUAUUUUUGUGUCGUUAUUUAAGUGAGGUUUAAUGGUAAUCAAUCCGAUUUCAAUCAACGAAAAUGUGAAGAGAUGACCUACUUACUUUUAAAAUGUCAUUUUGUGCCCCAACAAUUGAACGUUUUAGAAAAAUAAAGUCUGUAAAUUCGAGGCCAAAGUCCCAUAUAACAUUCAAACAACACACUUUGUUGUGACCGAAGUGACUCAGUGGUAAGAGCAAAAUUAGUCUAGAAUUAAUUAAAAUAGUCUAAACUAAAUAUAGGUAUAAAUUUUUCUUAAAAAAUUUGUAAAAAAUUUUAACAGUAUAUUACGACUAAACCAAAUAAGCAUUUGCUGUAUCCUUCCCUCCCCAUCUUCUUUUCCAGCUGUUA